GUUACACGUGUCCGUUAAAGAAUUUGCCCACACAAAUCCUCUCCUCUUAUUAACUUUACUGCUAAUGGAGAUAUCAAGAAACUACUAUACCGCAACCUGUUACUGUUACAAAUUCAUCACAACCCUGGCUAUUCAUCCGACCCACCACCAGUCGUAUCUUUUCGCCGCUCAUAAAAAAAUUUGCAAUGAUGAAUGCGUCAUGCCUCACACUUCUCUUGUGUGCCACGAUUUUCAUUGCUGAGAAAAAAGGUACGCCUGAAUCGAAGCCGUCUAAAGCUAAAACCCAAGACAAGAAAAAGGAGAAGAAAGCUAAAGGACCUUCACUAUCUAAAAAGCAGGAGUUAUGAAGCUGCUUAUUUAUCAUUAAAAAAAUUAUACUUACAUUUGAUGUUAACAGAAGAGUUGAUUGUUGAUAUUGCCAUUCCGUUCAUGACUAAAUGGCCUAAUAAAUUCUCCACGUCUUUUUACAUUUGAGGAGCUUUAUUUCCUGAUUAAGAGCUACAAAUACACAUGUAGAUGUAAUUCCUCUAAUUAUGCUUUUAUGUGUUAUGGUGUUGAAAAAUAAAAAUAUAUUUUAGAUCCACUUCA